CACUGUUCAGAUGUGCACCCAGACAAUAGUGCCAGUGUUUGUUCUUUCAAGGGAAGUUUGAGAAAGAGGGAAAAAGGAAAGAAGAAGAAGAAAGGGGGAGGUCGUCAGUGGAAGGGAUUACGCAUUGUGAGAACCAUGUCCAUUUGCUGCUACUGUUAUUGGGUCUGAAAAGCAGUAUCUGCAGUACCAGGGCCCUUAGUUAACCAGACUGUGUGUUUUCUUCCACACCAUGAUGAUCUCUGUUGGUAGCAGCUGUUGAAGAGUGGCUUAAAGAGAGAACAAUCACGCAUGAAGAAUGACUGUCUACAGCAACAGGCCAACAGCAGGGUGGCCAGCCACCUCUCUAAGGUCCUUGCCAUAUCACUGUGUCUCUCUGACGCUCAGAGGAACCUUUUUAAUGAACCAGUGACAUCUGUACCUCUGUGCGCUAACCACGGGGAGAGGCUCAGAAAAUGGAUCAGCGGACUAACACAAUGCGGUGUCCUUGUCUGCUGGACUUAGUUAUUAUCCUGUCCUUGACAUCAUGCUGCAUGUUGAGUGAGGCAAGAGCUCCACACAGUCUGGAGCCCAACCACCAGCUUGGCCAGGGGUCUCCCACCACAGCUCUACACCAGAGACUCAGACGUGGCUGGAUCUGGAAACAGCUUUUUGUCCCAGAGGAGGACCCCAAUCCAAGCGUGAUUGGCCAGCUAAAAUCAGACUACGACAAAGGGGAUUUCUCUAUCAAGUAUAUACUGUCGGGGGAAGGUGCAGGGGAGAUGUUUGAGAUCAAUGAAUAUUCAGGAGAGAUCCGUACAUUGCAGAAGCUGGACCGCGAAGAGAAGGCCUUCUACCUCCUGCAGGCUCAUGCCCUUGCUCGGAAGUCCAACGAACCCGUGGAGCCCCAGUCAGAGUUCAUCAUCAAGGUCCAAGACAUCAACGACAACAUCCCCCAGUUCCAGAACGAGCCCUAUGUCUCCAGCAUCCCUGAGAUGUGUCCCAUGGGGACUAUCGUGGCCCAGGUGACAGCUACAGAUGCUGACGAUCCCCUGUUCGGAAACAAUGCCAAGCUCAUCUACUCCAUCCUACAGGGGGAGCCCUACUUCUCUGUGGAGCCCAAGACAGGCAUCAUCAUGACCUCGAUGGCCAACAUGGACAGGGAGGCUAGGGACCAGUAUCUGGUGGUGGUGCAGGUGAAGGAUAUGUUGGGACUGAGCGGUGGUUACUCUGCCUCCACCACUGUCACCAUCAGCCUGACGGACGUCAAUGACAACGGACCCACCUUCCAGCACAACCUGUACACCUUUGCUGUUCUGGAGUCUGCUGCGGUGGGCACAACGGUGGGCAGGAUCAUGGCAGACGAUGGUGACGUGGGCAUCAACGCCAGGAUGAACUACAGUCUAGAGGACCUGGAGGAGAGCGCCACCUUCAAGAUCCAAACAGAUCCAGUCACACAGGAAGGAGUGGUCCUCCUGGCCAAGCCUCUGGACUAUGAGAGCAAGCGACGGUUCGUAAUGGCUGCGGAGGCUGUCAACGAUCACAUAGACACCCGCUUUCUGAGCUACAAUGAGUUUCGGGACAGGACGACCCUAAAGAUCGUCGUCGAGGACGUGGAUGAGCCCCCUAUCUUCAUGGCGCCCAAUUAUGAGUGGAAGGUUCCGGAAAAUAUGGUGGCGGGGACCGUGGUUGGUACUGUUAGCGCCAGAGACACUGAUGCAAUCAACAACCCAAUCAGAUAUUCCAUUGACAAAAGCAGCGAUAUCACAAAAGCUUUCAAAAUAGACCCAAACAAUGGGACUGUAACUGUUGGGAAACCUUUGGACCGUGAGGAAGCAGCCUGGCACAAUCUAACCAUAAAUGCCAAGGAAACAAAGCAGAACCAUCUAUCCUCAUCUGUGGUGGUGUUCAUCAAAGUGCUGGACAUAAACGACAAUGCACCAAUGCUUGCCAGAGAGUACCAGCCAUAUAUCUGUGAGGGCACACAGUCAGGAGAGCUCAUCCAGCUGAUCAACGCUGUGGAUCUGGACGACCCUGUGGAGGGACACCACUUCUACUUCUCCAUGGUCCCUGAGAAGCACAUCAACCCUAAUUUCACAAUCAGGGACAACCAAGACAACAGUGCUAGCAUCCUGGCACGGCGGAGCUCGUUCACCCGUAGGGACCGUACCCAGUACCUGCUGCCCAUGGUGGUGGCGGACAGUGGCUCCCCAGCCCUCUCCAGUACCAGUACCCUGACCAUCAGCGUGUGCAGCUGUCAGCCCGCCGGACACUGCCCCACAGGCGGGGUGGAGGCCCUGGCCAUCUCUAUUGGGGUCAGCCUACAGACCCUGCUUGGCUUCCUGGUCUGCCUGGCAACACUCACAGUGCUGCUCAUUGUAAUGCUGAUGCUGAGGAGACACAGGAGGAAACAGCUGGAGGGGCUGGGGAGAGCGGAGAAGGAGCUGGAGCUGCCUAAGGGGGUCUCAGAGAAGGUGCUGCACUAUGGAGAAAUAGGAGGCGGAGGAGGGGGUGACCUGGGGGGAUUCUGUCAGCCUGCUGUCCCCCUCCGUCCCCACCCCCGCAGGAGGGACAGGAGGCUCCGCAGAGAGGAGGUGGCAGCCAGUAUCAGAAUGUCGAUGUCUCUCCGCCACUCCCUCCUCAUCGGCCCCGAGGACGAUGUCUUUAAACAGUUCAUCAUGGACAGGCUGGAUGAAGCAGAUCAGGACCCCUACGUGCCGCCAUUUGACUGCCUGAAGACCUACGCCUUCGAGGGCACAGGGUCGCCCACGGGGUCCAUUAGCUCCCUAGAGUCCUGGGACUUUGUGGAUGCUGACCAAUGUCCCCGGGACCCAGGAUCACGCCUUGUCAGACUGACUCUCUGGCAUGGGGGAGCGGAGGAGGAGACAACCUUCUGAACGGCUAACAUUUAAAAAAAAAAAAAAAAGUUAUUUAAUUAAUUUAACGUAAUAACAUACAUAAUAGUACAGCACAUCCCUGAACUCAAUUUUGACAUCCUGAUGGAAGAGACAAAUAAGUUCAUGUUUUCUUCCCCUGCAUGGUUGAAAACAGUGGAGCUUGCUGUAAUAAUUAUUAUCAGUGUUAUGACAGUUAUACUUUUUUGUUGAACAGGCAGUUUCUUGAUAUUUUUUUAACAGUAUUUAAAGCAACAUAACUUUCUAUACGUGACCUCAUUCUGCAUUAGUUCUAAAGAUGGGUAACACAUUCUAGUAUUUGAACCUUCAUGACAGUAUUAUAAGCGCAUCAUACGUUUCUUGACACAUGCCAGAACUUUGCAUUCUUGGCAGAUGAAUUAGAUAGGACCUGAAGCUACACUGUAAAUUCUCCAGUGUGAGAAAAAUCAAAUGAACACUGAGAGUGUUACAUCAACACUGAAAGUGUUCAGUCUGUGGAACAGUGUUAAAAUAUCGCACUGCUUAGUGUAAAUCCUUAUUCCAAUAUGUCUUUCGAGUAAAUUGUAUAGUUACCACCCAUGACUGUAUUUGUUAGUGACAGAGACAUGGUUGUUGUAUUCAUCCAUUUUUGGUCCUAUGGGCAUCACCAAGUGACAUCCUAUGCAAAUAUGUUAUUAUAAAAAAUUAUCUUUAACACAAUAGCAUACAUACAUCAUAAGGCCUUAUUUUGAAAGUUUCACCCUAAUACAAGUGCCUGAAAUUCCUACACAUCGCUUUAAACCAAAACCACGCCCAUCAUUAUCAUAUUGUUUGUUUCAAUAUCUGUUUGUGGAUGUACAUUGAUUGAUUGAUUAAUUAAUUAAUGUUAUGCUACUCAAAUAGAAAACCACAAACAUUUUCUAAACUAAUCCAAUAUGUUUCUUGGACUUAUUGCACCCUUAGGGAGUCUCAUGGCUUAGUUUUUCCCAACCAGUCAUUCUUAAUACAUGUUGAGGGUGACAAGAAAAUGCAAUAGUUGGAUAUCCCCACACUGGCUGGAUUCCAAUAGGAAUUAAACGCACUUUGCAAGUCAACAGAAUGUGACUUGCAUGCCUAAUGUGGCCUGUAAACCAUGAGUUCCAGGCCAUUGCAUUACACACUCAUAAAAGGUUGUCACUGUAGUUCAAGAGUGUCAAACUCAUUCCAUGGAGGGCCAAGUGUCUGCAGGUUUUUCAUUUUUCCUCUCAAUAAAGCCUUACACAACCAAGUGUGGGGAGUUCCUUACUAAUUAGUGACCUUAAUUCAUCAAGUACAAGGGAGGAGCGAAAACCCACAGACAACGAGUUUGACAUGUGCUAUACUUGUACCCUGUAAGGCAGGAUUCGGCAUCGGUAGCCCCUGUAUAUAGCCUCGUUAUUGUUAGUUUAUUGUGUUCACUUUUUUUAAAACUUUUUUUUUACUUUAGUUUAUUUAGUAAAUAUUUUAUCAACUCUAUUUCUUGAACUGUUUUUUUUUAAUUUAUUAUAAAUCUUUUUUUUACCCCUUUUUCUUCCUAUUUCGUGGUAUCCAAUUGGUAGUUACAGUCUUGUCUCAUCACUCCAAGUCCCAUACGGACACAGGAGAGGCAAAGGUCAAGGGCUGUGCGUCCUCCAAAACACGACCCAACCAAGCCGCACUGCUUCUUGACAUAAUGCCCACUUAACCUGGAAGCCAGCCACACCAAUGUGUCGGAGGAAACACUGUACACCUGGGGACUGCGUCAGCGUGCAUGCGCCCGGCCCGCCACAGUAGUCGCUAGAGCGCGAUAGGACAAGGACAUCCUUGCCGGCCAAACCCUCCCCUAACCCGGACGACGCUGGGCCAAUUGUGUGCCCGGUUGUGUCUUCCGGUUGCAGCCCAGCGAUGCAGUGCCUUAGACCACUGCACCACUCGGGAGGCCGCAUUGUUGGUUAAGGGGCUUGUAAGUUAAGGGGCUUGUAAGCAUUUCACGGUUAGGUCUACACCUGUUGUAUUCGGCGCAUGUGACAAAUAACAUUUGAUUUGAUUUUCCCAAACUCAGUCCUUGGGACCCCAAGGGGUGCUUGUUUUUGUUUUUGCCUUAGCACUACACAGCUGAUUCAAAUAAUCAACUAACCAUCAAGUGAUCAUUUGAAUCAGCUGUGUAGGUCCCGAGGACAGAGUUUGGGAAACGCUGCUGUAAGGUCGUCCUUUGUACCUUAAGUUAUAAGUGUAUAAUUGUACCCCAGUUCCAGUGGCAGUCGGUGCAGUUUAAGAUGAGGACCAUUAUAUUUUUCAUGAUCAUGGCCUUAUUUCUAUUACAGCAUAUUGGAUGACUGUCAUUCAUAUUCCUUUCACCCAGCUCAAUGUAACGUUGAUAGUUUUUGGCAAGGGUUUCCCAAACUCGGUCCUGAGGCCCCCGGCCCUAGCACUACACAGCUGAUUAAAAUAACCAACUCAUCAUCAAGCUUUGAUUAUUUGAAUCAUCUGUGUAGUGCUAGGGCAUCAACCAAAAUGUGCACCCAGGGGAGGCACCAGGACUGAGUUUGGGAAACCCUGGUUUAGGCCACUACAUGAUACUUGACAUUUCCUUAUACCCAUGAGGUUGCUACAACCUAGCCUAUGAAUUAAAGUGUACAAGGUAGAUGCACAGGUCGAGAGAUAUUUGAGUAAUAAAGGUGACAGACAUUGACGCGUUCAAUACAGCGUUGCACACUCUUGCCCGCAUCUAGCUGAUCUAGGGUGUAAUCGUUAGUCAUCAGUUGCAAACAAGAGUGUCUAUUGGACAAAUUCUGGUAUGUUUAUCCCUGUUUCUUUCUGUUUGCUUCCCUUUAAGACAUUUUUUUCAACAGAAUCGGCGGAAUGAAUACACACCUGAACACACUCGAGCGUAGUUCCCUUUCAUAGCAGCCACAUACAAACAGCACGAUCCCUUUGAUCGUUGUAUAAUUCCACGUCGUAUCUACGUGCUCUCCUAUUCUCACCUUUUCCCUUAGCUUGUGGACUUCAGUGCACAACAUAUCAGCAGUCUGUGACCAGGCGAAAAAACCUCUCCUAGCCAAACCUUCAUAUCAUAAAUGCUAACCUCUAUACACAGCCUACAUCGUUGUCACAAUAUUAACAUCAACAUACUGUAGCAACUAGAACUAACGUGUUAGCAAACCCGCUACAAUCAUGCAGUACAGUGUACAGUCAGCAGCAAACAGCUUCACAGUAACACCGGUAGGCCCCUGUGGCAGUAAAUAAAUAAAACCAAAAGCUUACCUUGACUUGGAAAAGUUCCAGUGUUGGAUAGCCAGCUAGCUAACAUAGAACUCCUCUCUGUUUGAACCGGGUAUUUGAGUAGUCUAAACUAGCUAGCUGCAUUCGCUAAGUAAGUGAAAGUGAAAAAAUAUCAAAAAAGUAUAGCUAGCUCUCUCUUUCACUCUAUUUUCCUUCAUUAAAAAAAUAUUUGUCAAAACUGUUCAACUAUUGUCUUUCUCUUGAAGUCAACUACUCACCAUAUUAUUCACUGCAGAGCUAGCUAGAUGUAGCUUAUGCUUUCAGUACUAGAUUAAUUAUUUGAUCCUUUGAUUUGGUGGACAACACGUCAGUUCAUGCUGAAAGAGCUAUGAUAGGUUGGAGGACAUCCUCUGGAAGUUGUCAAUAAGUCUAUUGAACGGGUUGAGAACUACGAGCCUCCUAGGUUUUGUAUUGAAGUCAAUUUACCCAGAGGAGGAUGGAAACUAGCUGUCCUCCGGCUACACCAUGGUGCUACCCUACAGAGUGCUGUUGAGGCUACUGUAGACCUUCAUUGCAAAGCAGUGUGUUUUAAUCUAUUAUUUGGUGACGUGAAUAUAUUUAGUAUAGUUUUAUCUAAAAAGGAUCACUUUUUUAAUGUUUCACUAUUUACAUUUUAUGAAAUUCACUGAGGAGGAUGGUUCUUCCUCCUCUGAGGAGCCUCCACUGCACAGUUCAUACCUCAGGCAACAUCAGGCCUUGAAGCAGGGUUGCAAAAUUCCAAGGACCUAAAAACUGGUCGAAGGACUUCAAAUUUCCAGCUUCCGUUUUCAGGAAAAUACUUCUGGAAAAAAUGGGAAUUUCUGGAAAGUUGCUAGAAUUUUCCAACCCUACCUGCAAGUCACAUUAUGCUGGCUUGCAAAGUGAUGUGUAAGUCCUAUUGAAAUCCAGCCAGAGUUAAGCGAUCCAACAGUUGGACUUUUUAGCCAUUUGCAACCUGCAUUCAAAAUGACUAACAGUGUUACAAAUGUUUUGAGGAGACUAUCUAACGCUUUUAAACUGGAACAAACAUUUCAGUAACGGGUGCAAAAAAUCUGACUGAUUGGAUUAGUUUAGAAAAAUGUAGGUUAUUUAUUUUGUGUAGCAUACGAUUGAUAAAUCAAUGUAAAAUAAACAAUUGCUGGGAAAUAUGAUAAUUAUGGGAGUGGUUUUGGAUCAAAGUGACGUGUAUGAGUUUCCGGCCACUGUAGUAGGGUAAAAAUACACCCUCAAAAUAAGACCUUAUUAAAUACUUAUGGUAUUGUGUUAAAGAACAUAUUUUUUUUCAUGAUGACAUAUUCACGUAGGAUCUCACUUGGUGAUGUCGAUAGGUGUGCAGAUGGAUGAAUGCAAUAACCAUGUCUAUGUCGGUAACAAAUACAGUCAUGGGUGGUAACUCUACGAUUUACUUGAAAGGUACUCUAGGAAAUAUUUGAAUAAGGCUUUAUACUAAGCAGUGUGUUAAUUUAACACUGUUGUGGUGUCCCUAUGGAUCCACAGACUCAACACGCUCAAUGUUCAUUUUGUUUUUUGUUAAUGCUUGAGAAUUUUCUGUGUAUGUUAUAAUAUACAGGUAAACACUAUCUUUCAUUACCUUUAUAUUGUUCUACGAAAUACAAGCUGUGCAUUUGUGUUCUGUAUUAUGAAUUUAUAACUAUAAAACAGCCUUAAACAAA